CGCGGCGGCUGAAGUCCGUAUAUUGGGAUGGCCUGGAGUUCCCGGAAGUGGCUAAGUUGCAGGUUUCCGGCGUGGUAGGGAAAAAUGGCGGUGGUCAUGGCUUUUCCGGCUCUGGCGCGGAUGGUGUCAAGGCACAGCCUAUUGUCGCCUUUGCUCUGUGGGAUAUCAUUCAGACGCUUCUAUAGAGGUGACAGCCCAACAGAUUCACAGAAAGAUGUGAUUGAAAUCCCUUUGCCUCCGUGGCAGGAGAGAACGGAUGAAUCCUUAGAAACCAAAAGAGCCCGCCUGCUGUAUGAGAGCAGAAAGAGGGGAAUGUUGGAAAACUGUAUUCUCCUUAGCCUCUUUGCUAAAGAACAUCUGCACAACAUGACAGAGAAGCAACUGAACCUCUAUGAUCGCCUGAUUAAUGAGCCUAGUAAUGACUGGGAUAUUUACUACUGGGCUACAGGUAAAGUAAAACCAGCCCCAGAAAUAUUUGAAAAUGAAGUCAUGGCUCUGCUGAGAGAAUUUGCGAAAAACAAAAACAAAGAGCAGAGACUGUGUGCCCCAGAUCUUGAAUACCUCUUUGAAAAGCAACGUUGAGCUGUGCACUACUGCCUGGCAUGAGGGUCAGUCUAUGGACGGUAACUGCUUAUGACACUGGCCUUGAUUUCCUGCUUCUCUCUAGACACUUGAUUCCUUUAAGUGGUGGACAUGCCUCUCUUCAAGAACAGACAUGUGAAUGUGCGGUGAGAUUCCUAACAUGUUUUUGUUCAAUUCUGAGUCUCCAAAGUCCUUUGUCAGCGUCGUGCACUCCAGCCUGUCUCGUCUGGCUGCUGUGAUAUAGGUCUGCCACAAGAGGGCACUGUAGGGGAAGUGAUCUCGCUAGUCAUUGCCUCAGCUGGUUGUUUCAGUGAAAAGAGACAGCCAGCUGCAAGUGCUAUGUGAAAAGCCACCCUCUCACCCUCCACCUGCAGUGGCCCUGGGCUUUGUUAAAAUGAAAUUCUUCCCUUCCAGCCUGGUAUGGUCCUUUCUGCCAAGGAAAGCUGAUCCAAGCCCCCUGAGCUGAGCCCAUGAAAAGCACAGCAGGCAGAAUGAGGGCAACAAGCAGGAAUGGUGUGGGCACACUGCUUAAGAGUAAACAUCCUCGUCAUCAGAUUUUCUUUAAAAUCCGCACUUUGUAAAUUGAAAGAUAAUUGAGUAUUAAAGAAUACUGAAAAAAGGAAAUUGACAGUUUCCUAAUCCUCACGAUUGCUUUCAUUUUGUCUUUUCUCAUAUCACCCACAGUCAUAUGUUUAUAAUAGAGUCCUACAAGGCCACAGUCCUAGGUUUUCUUUCCUCAUAGCACUGCAGCAACCUUCCCACUCCUUUCUGCAGUUCAUAGUCAUAUUAGUUCACGGAAUAAUAUACAAGAAGUAGUGGGUUAGAAUGCAGUAGUUGGAAGUGCUUAGUUCUAGGGCCAGAAGAGUUGUGCAUUGCUAGAAGUGGUUUCCUUGAGGACCUUUGCCCUUGGAGUUAUUAGAAGAGCUGGCCACUCAGAAUGGCAGGGAGUAUCUAAAGGUAUUUGCUUGAGGAAGGCCAUCCAGAACUGAUGAACAUGUGGUUGGUGAUCACAAGAGCUGCAGGCAGGGAGGAAGUACAUCUCCAGCAUUGUUGAGUUCCAGGGUCCCCUCAAAGCCUCCUCAUGGGUCCAGCCUGUCCUCUCACUAAUUGUGAGAUCAAAUUCUGGCUGCAUUGCUAAUCUGUUGGAUAAGUUAAUUGGCUUGAGCCUCAGUUUCCCGUCUAUAAACAGAUAAUCCUCCCUGUCUGAGGAAGAUAAGGAGACAAGACACACAAUGCUCUGAUGUGGUACCGAGCACACAGUAUGUACUAGGACUGUAUGAACCUGAGUAUUUGGUCCUAGCCUUCCCCUGAGAUAGAACCUGUCUCCUAACGUAAAUUAUCUGGCAUGUCAGCUUGGUCACUGUUGAUACCUGCAGGGCAGUCUUGUCUGUCAGAAAGCCAAGCCUAUUAAAGUAACCAUGGAGUGUCUUACAAGCUGGGAAAACUGGAAAGAAAACAAACGCUGGUGACAAGUCCUUUGAUGGAAGAAUCUAGCACUUUCACCUCAGCAAGGAAUGGGAGUGAGGGUUAGGAGGCAGAAGCAGGAGCUUAUGGAAGACUCUGGCCAUUCUCCUGGGUGUCUUCUGAUGUCCUGUGGGGGAGGAUGUUAGUCAGGCAGAGUUUAUAUAUAGAAGCGUAUCUGGACUGUAAGAAGUGCACAUGCACUGGGCAGUGACUUACCCAUUUAUCCUGAGCACAUUAUGCAACCAACCCCAGAAGCCAAGUAUGCAGUGUGGGCUUUAUUUUCCCCUCAAGUCUGAUCCCUUCUUACCCUGAUUUUGUCUUAAAUUAUUUAACGUCAUGUUCAGCUGCUGCCAUUUGCAUCUGGAAAUGGCACGCUUCUAAAGGAAUUGUUUUCCUCCAAGGCUGCUGGCUUGUGUCAUGUUUGAAAGUGAAGGAUUUUGUUAACUUUAGCUGGUCAGCGUCAGGCCCAAGGGUGUGAUGUAAACAGUUUUUCCCUUUAUUAGGCAUUAAGUAAAACUAGGCUGGCCACAGUGCAUUUUAAAAAUUAGUUAACAUAUAGCAAGGGCCAGCAGCCCUGAGGACCCAUGAGGAGCAGUGGCCAGACUCAUCCCUCUAUCUGACACAUUGCUGCUCACUGACCUCAUUCAGAGGCUGCACUUCGCACAUGAGUGUCUGCCCUGCCCUGACCAGUCUAAAGUGGUCUCGUGAGUUCUCUUGCACAGGCUUCCUCAUGACACAUCAAACUGGGUCAAGGCUGUUCCUUUCCCAUCAUUUCCUCUUUUUGUCAUUUUACGUCUUAAAAAUUCAUUGGCCAAACUCCCUGUGCUGUAGGUGUUGUGUCUCUUUUGGGAACCAUUGGAGUGGCGCUUCACUGGCUUUGAGCAAUAUCUGGAGGCCAUCCAGUCUGUUUCUUCGCCUCCAACCAGGGUGGCACCGGCACAACCUGGUUUAUAUUUUUAAACAUCAGUGGAGCAAGAGAUUCCUGUGAGAUAGUUGAGAGUUUCACUUUUAUCCUUCAGUCCACCUGCUGCUUUGUGGCUGAUGGAGAAAGGAAGGUUCAGUGAUAGGUAAACUGAGCAGACUUACAUGGCAAGCAGGUCAGGGAGCCUUUGGAACUGAUGUCCCUCCUGUUAGUACAUUCUGUAGUAUCUAGGAUGCUAGACUCACUGCCCUACAGCUGUUGAGUUGAUAGCACUUGUCAGAUUGCAGCUAAGCGGGGGAGAAAUGACCCAAGCCUUGUAUGCACAUAUGAAUAAUAAAACAAUAAAAAAAAAAAGAUUGCAGCUAAGCCACCUGGAGACACCUCAACUACUCGGCAAGCCCAAUGGGGAUGAGGAGCUGUGUUAACAUCCAAACAGCAUGGGUAGGAUAGGUGGCUUCCGGCAGGUAGUACAAAAUGUCCAGGUAAGUGCAGUGGCACAUGCCCAUAGUCCCAGCUAUUUGGAAGGCUGAGACAAGAAUUGCUUGAGGCUAAGAGUUCAGGGCCAGCCUGGGCAACGUAGUGAGGCAGCAGUCCCAUUGGGGAAUUAUGCAAAAUAAUACCAGUCUUUAAAAGAGAGGAUAUGAAGAGAAGAAAUCUGCUGCCUUGUAACCCGUGACAAUGAAAGAACAAAAGCCCUUAGCCGGGUCCCUGGUCUCACCUGACUCCUGAUCAGAUACUCCUGCCAAAAAAGAGGCUGGUCUUUUUUGAAAAGGGCAAGGUAGACUCCUUUUAUAUGUAACUGCAUCACAGUUUGUGGCUUUUAAAAGGCAAAUGAUGCCAGGCACCAGUGGCCCAUGCCUGUAAUCCUAGCUACUUGGGAGGCUGAGGUCAGGAGGAUCACGGUUCCAAGC